AUGAGCGAGGCGGAGGCGGCAGCGGUGGCGACAGCGGCCCCGGCGGCGGCGGUGGCGGCGGCGGUGCCCGCGACGGCGGCGGGGGUGGUAGCGGUGGUGGUGCCGGUGCCCUCGGGAGAGCCACAGAAAGCAGGCGGAGGGGCCGGCGGCAGUGUCGCCUCUGUCCCUGCUGCUGGGACACCCUCGGUGCCGGGUCCUCGCACCCCUGGCAACUCAGUGACGGCGACCUCGGGGACCCCCGCGCCCCCAGCCCGGAGUCAGGCGGACAAGCCGGUGCUGGCAAUCCAAGUCCUGGGCACUGUCAAAUGGUUCAACGUCCGCAAUGGCUAUGGAUUCAUCAACAGGAAUGACACCAAGGAGGAUGUCUUUGUUCACCAGACAGCUAUUAAAAGAAAUAACCCCAGGAAGUUUCUGCGCAGCGUUGGAGAUGGGGAGACUGUGGAGUUUGAUGUCGUGGAAGGAGAGAAGGGUGCAGAAGCUGCUAACGUAACUGGGCCUGGGGGGGUGCCGGUGAAGGGCAGCCGCUACGCCCCCAACCGACGUAGGUUCCGCCGCUUCAUCCCUCGGCCUCGCCCAGCGGCCCCACCACCCAUGGUGGCAGAGGCUCCCUCGGGGGGGACAGAACCUGGUAGUGAAGGGGAGCGGGCCGAGGACUCAGGGCAGCGACCCAGACGGCGGCGCCCACCACCCUUUUUCUAUCGCCGGCGGUUUGUGAGAGGCCCUCGGCCACCCAACCAGCAGCAGCCCAUCGAGGGCACCGAUGGAGUAGAACCCAAAGAGACAGCCCCAUUGGAGGGGGACCAACAGCAGGGAGAUGAGCGGGUGCCCCCACCCAGGUUCCGGCCCAGGUACCGAAGGCCUUUCCGCCCAAGGCCACCUCAACAGCCUACCACCGAAGGUGGGGAUGGCGAGACCAAGCCCAGCCAAGGCCCCACGGACGGUUCCAGGCCUGAGCCUCAGCGUCCACGAAACCGUCCCUACUUCCAGAGGCGACGGCAGCAGCCUCCUGGCCCCCGGCAGCCGAUAGCUGUGGAGACCUCAGCACCCAUCAACAGUGGGGAGCCCCCCACCACCAUAUUGGAGUGAUUCCAACUCAAAGGACACCCAGAGCUACCAUCUGGUAUCAGCCAGUUUUUCCAACUGACCCUACCCAGGAACCCCCCUCCUCAUUUUCCCAUAAUUCAUGACAUCAAAACAUCGGCUUUUUCCUUGAGACUCAGGAGGCCCAAAGCAACAGCCUUUGGCUUUUUUUUUUCUUCCUUACCAAGGGUUGAAGGAAACUGUCCAUCCCUAUUGCUCAGCAGAGGCGUCACCUCGAUCCCUUAAGUCAGGCUGAGAAGGAACCAGCCUCCCCUCCUCCUGAUUGUUUUUCUUUCCCACCCAUCUAUUUUUGGUUUCCCUUCAAUCCCUACCUCUGAAGCCAUUUUAUGAACUGUCACGUGCCACCUGAGCCUCCAGUAAAAACAAAAGCAGGCUUUCCUGUU